UCAUGGCGGCCUCCUCCCCUGAAGGCGUGCUGGAGACCCAGGAUGGGAAAAGACGGCAGUUCGGGAACCGGUUCCUGAGCGACCCGGCGCGCGUCUUCCACUACAAUGCAUGGGACAAUGUGGAGUGGUCAGAGGAGCAGGCCGCGGCGGCGGAGAGGAAAGUGCGGGAGAACAGUUCCCAGCGGGUGUGCCCGGAGAAGCAAGUUGAUUAUGAAGUCAAUGCCCAUAAAUACUGGAAUGACUUCUACAAAAUUCAUGAAAAUGGAUUUUUCAAGGAUCGACACUGGCUUUUUACCGAAUUCCCUGAACUGGCACCCAGUCACAAUCCCCUGAUGGACUUACCCCUGGACAGCGAGAAAAGUGAGGUCUCUAAAGACAGAAGCGGUGAGGACGGCCCUGGCUUAACCACAGAGCGGCACGGGUGUUCUUGGACCAGCCGUGGAUGUGACACUCAGGGGCCUCCUGUGGAAGAGACUGUGACUCGGGAGCUCAGUCACCUAGAAAUCUGUGGUGAUGGAUUUCCUGGGUCCUCGGCCACCUACCGAAUCCUUGAGGUUGGGUGUGGUGUAGGAAACACAGUCUUCCCAAUUCUACAGACUAACAACAACCCAAACCUCUUUGUUUACUGUUGUGAUUUUUCUGCCACGGCUAUUGAACUGGUCAAGACAAAUUCAGAAUAUGAUCCUUCUCGAUGUUUCGCCUUUGUUCAUGACCUGUGCGAUGAAGACCACAGCUACCCCGUGCCCGAGGGCAGUCUUGAUGUCGUCGCCCUUAUAUUCGUCCUCUCGGCCAUCGCUCCAGACACGAUGCAGAAGGCUAUCAGCAGGCUCAGCCAGCUCCUGAAGCCUGGAGGAGUGAUGCUUCUUCGAGACUAUGGCCGCUAUGACAUGGCUCAGCUUCGAUUUAAAAAAGGUCAGUGUCUCUCUGGAAAUUUCUAUGUGAGAGGUGAUGGCACCAGAGUUUACUUCUUCACACAAGAGUGGGAACCUGCCCUCUGCGCCAGGCUGUGCUUCAGUACAGCUGUGCCUGCCGAUGAGCUGCACGCGCUCUUCACCGCCGCGGGUCUGGAAAAGGUGCAGAACCUGGUGGAUCGCCGCUUGCAGGUGAACCGAGGCAAACAGCUGACCAUGUACCGAGUCUGGAUUCAGUGCAAAUACAGCAAGCCUCUCCUGCCAGGUGUCAACAAAGAGGUGCCCGUGCCCCACACCACAUGACGUCAUCAUGUGUCAGGGCUUUUGUAAGGAGACAUUUGUAAAUUUUGGCCACUUGACGUUGGACAGUCUGGGAAUCCAAGGAGCUUGGAACCUUGAACCUGAGAACAACUACUUUUUAGUAACGUUGACAAUUGUUUUUACUUGUGAAGUCCAUUAAUAUAUAUUUUCUCAAGUUCACUUUUGAUUACUGUUGUUUAAUGAAGGCAAUGCUGCGGUAAAUGUGAGGUUCAGAGGACUGCUGCUGCCGUCGGUCCUCUCCUUUAUGUUGGUCCUGGGGUUCAAACUCAGGCGUGGCUGCAAACACCCAUGAGCUUUCUCACCAGCCCUCAAUUUUAUUUUAUUUUUUUAAAAUUAUUCCAUAUACAGUGUUCUGUCUACACAUGUGCCUGCAGGCCAGUAGAGGGCACCAGAU